AUGUCAUCAUCACGACCACCACCACCACCACCACCACCACCACUCCUUCCACUACGAUCGCUCAACAUCCAUCCAGACUUCUCUUCUCGAGAAUGGUGCACGCGUCUUCUUUCUGACCCUGGCAUUGCCAACGUCGUCGUACCGACAGACAGCGCGGCCAGGGCGGCAAGACUAGCAGGCGUCUCGAAUUCCAUGUUCACCGAGACAUUGAACACGCCCAGGACAGUCAGGGCACAGGUCUCGUUCAAUCGACCCACGCACGAGAGCGACGCCUUGGCCAGUACCGGGCCCGGUGACGGCAGUGGCGACGGCGAAGCAAACACGAGUCCGAGUACGAGUACCGCCGAUGAAUACCGCCGCCACACCCCUCGAGAAUACUGUUCGCUCUUCUCCCUCGGUCCGGGCCUCGACGGCAAGACAGGUCGCGCACACGGCGGGUUCAACGCCCUGCUCCUCGACCAACUCACCGGCCACGUGGGAGUGGUCUUCGGGGGCUCGAGCGCCCCCGCCACGGCGACCAUGACGGUGGACUACAGGGCGCCCAUCUCCACGCCGGGAGUGGUGUUGGGCAGGGCAUGGGCGGUCGAGAGGUCGGGCAGGAAGACGUGGGUCAAGGGCGUCAUUGAGGACGGGGAGGGAAAGGCGCUUGCGGCGGCGAAGGCGUUGUUUGUCGAUCCCAAACCUGUUACUCCUGAAGGGUCCUGUGUGGGUGACGAUGCCAAAGCCAAGUCCAAGUUAUAA